AUGCCUCCUCCUCCUCCUCCCCCAAUAGAACUCCCUGUUCCAAGAGACUCUGAUAACCAUUCCUUUUCUUUAUCGGCCUCUGCUCCAAGAAGAUCCUCUCUCGCUUUUUCCUCUUUCUCUCAAACCGUUCACGAAUAUCGCUCAAAUUAUAUCGACCAUCUCAACGUCUAUGAAAACGACGCAAUCGACGACUUAACUCCCCUUUCAAAAGACCAACAACCCCAAAUAUAUGGCUCAAUAACAAACAACAGCAAAAACUCAUAUAUUCAAUCCAGAAGAAGCUCCCUAUCAACCCCCAUCAUCCCCUCGAGAUCAAAUCUAUCUUUAUCUCAACACGACCUAUUAAUCCCCCAAAACAAUAAUGACUCCCUUUCCUUAAAAGAACCCCAAACAGAUUACUCAAUCGAAUCUUACUUUCUUCUAAAAUACUCUCCCCCCUUGGUCUUAACUUUCCUAUUGCAAUACUCCUUAACUAUUGCUUCGGUUUUUAGUGUUGGUCAAUUGGGCAAAAAUGAAUUGGCUGCUGUUUCUCUCGCCUCAAUGACUGCAAAUAUCACUGGUUAUGCUCCAAUCCAGGGUGUCUCAACCUGUCUCGACACCCUAUGUGCUCAGGCCUAUGGCAGAAAAGACUACAGAAUGGUUGGUCUCCACUUCUUGCGUUGCACUUUCUUCCUACUAAUCGUCUUUGUCCCAGUUGCACUCAUCUGGAUUGUCUAUUCGGAAUCAAUCUUGCUCUCAAUUAUCCCCGAAAAGGACCUUUGUUACUUGGCUUCAAAUUACUUGACUGUUCUAUGUUUGGGGGUCCCCGGCUAUAUUCUUUUCGAAAAUGGUAAACAUUACUUACAAGCUCAAGGAAUCUUCCACGCUUCAACUGUCGUAUUGAUGAUAUGUGCCCCAUUAAAUGCUUUCUUAAACUGGCUAUUGGUCUGGCACUCAAAAUUCGGCUUGGGCUUCAUUGGUGCCCCAAUAGCUGUCUCCAUCACAAACUGGCUAAUGGCUCUACUAUUGCUUCUAUACUCCUGGAGAAUAAAGGGCUAUCAAUGCUGGUCCGGUUUUUCUUGGGAUUGCUUUAAAAAUUGGUCAAGAAUGCUAAAACUAUCUGCUGGUGGCGUUCUAAUGUUAGAAUGCGAAUGGUUUUGCUUUGAAAUUAUCACCCUCUCAACCUCAAGAUUCGGUACUGUCUCUUUAGCUGCACAAUCAAUCAUUUCAAACGUUUGUGUUAUGACAUACCAAAUUCCCUUUGCUAUAGCCAUUGUAGCCUCCACAAGAAUAGCAAACUUUAUCGGUGCCAACUCAAAAAACUGUGCUAAAAAGGCAACUUAUACUAGUCUUAUAUUUGGUGGAAUCAUUGGCGUAUUCACUGCAAUUCUUUUAUCCGUCUUCAGAACUCCAAUAGCAAGAGCCUUUAGCAACGAUCAGGAAGUCAUUGAUUUAGCUGCCAGAGUAUUAAUCAUUGGUGCUACCUACCAGAUUAACGACUCAAUUAAUGCUGUAGCAGCAGGUAUAUUAAGAGCCCAGGGAAAACAACAUAUCGGUGCAACAAUUUACUUUGUCUCUUACUACUUGAUUGCUUUGCCCGUCGCCUUUUUCUUUGCGUUUCAUGUUAAAUUAGAACUAUUCGGUUUAUGGAUUGGUAUGGUUAUUGCUUUGUUUUUUGCAAGUAUUUUUCAAACUUAUUUCGUUUUAUAUGCUGAUUGGGAUGCAAUUAUCGAUGAUUGCAUUCAAGAAGCUAUUUUAGAAGGUCAUGAAUCCCAACUUGCCUAA